GCAUUGACAUUCAAGUCCCACGUUGAUGAGUCCCACAACAAAGUCAUGGCAGCCAUUGCAGCGGUCCAAGCCAAUGUUCAAGUGCUGUCGAAUGCGAUGUCUACCCACGCCGAGGCAGUUGACAAGCAGGUGGAGCUACGCAUGCGGAAGGCUGAGACCCAGAUCAAAAAUCAUGAAGAUCGCAUCGGCUCACUUGAGAAGCAGAUUCACUACCUUAUGGAACAGCUACGCUGCGUCAAGUCUGAAGAGCCAGUGGCACCUGCUGCUCCUGCUGGAUUCAACGGACCUCCGAAUGCCACGAUCCUGGUUGUACGUUCCAAAGAAUUGGUUUCUGCCGAGGCCGUGCGUGCGGCUGUCGCGCCUUGGCUGGCGGACUCCAACCUGGACGUUGAAGACUGGGAGAUCACUACUUCAGCCACGACACCGACGAGCAAGAGACACAUCAUUCAGAUCACAGGCAGCGCGGCAUGGGCAGCGAGAUCAGUCCGACAGGCCCUCGGUACGCUCCGCAACAGAGACGGCAGCUGGAGGAAGUUUGUGGUCAAGACGCCGCUUGGCCAGGACACCGACAUCUUUAUCAGUUGGCACCUCCCGAACCUGCAGGCCCAGCAGAUCGACAAGUCUCGCCUAGAGCACCGCGUGCUGGCGCUCUUCCAGGCGCAACGCGAAGAUGAGGGCGGGUGGUCUCUUUAA